CUUUACAACCCUAACCGAUAUACGCCGAUGAGAUAAUUUUUUCGCCAAAGACCCGCUCUGGCCACACUGCCCUCUUUCGGUUCUGCUUUCCACCGUUUUCGCGUUAUUUUUAGCCGCCUAUUUUGCCGAAAAUAUUUAUAUUGGUGGCUAAAACCCAUCGCAAUUUCCAAUCAAAUCCGUCCGGUUGGUAAACCACCAACACACGCAACUAUUUAAGGUGACAGAAAGCCAUCCGGUUUUCCGGGUGACGACAGUUUUGCGUUUUUGGACCAACGCAGCGUUUUUAUAAUGAGGCUGCUCUACGUGUUUCUUCUGAUUUUGGCCGUGCGCUUGGCCUCCGUUUUCGUGGUCCAAACUUAUUACGUUCCGGAUGAAUAUUGGCAGAGUUUGGAGGUGGCCCACAAACUAACCUUUGGCUAUGGCUACCUGACUUGGGAAUGGGUUCAGGGCAUUCGCAGCUAUGUGUACCCCCUGCUGAUCGCAGGACUCUAUAAAAUCCUGGCCCUCCUGCAAUUGGAUAGUGCCCACCUUCUGGUUGUUCUGCCAAGGAUUCUCCAGGCUCUGCUGUCGGCCUACUCUGAUUAUCGCUUCUUUGUGUGGACGGGCAAGCGAAAGUGGGCGCUGUUUUUGAUUCUGGUGCCCUGGUUCUGGUUCUACACGGGCUCGCGAACUCUGGCUAAUACAUUGGAGGCCUCCCUGACAACGAUUGCCUUGAGCUACUUCCCCUGGUAUGGCGAAUCCACUGCUUAUCUGUGGCCAGCUGCCAUCUGCUGCUUCCUGAGACCCACGGCAGCUGUCAUUUGGCUCCCAUUGUCCUUGUAUCAUCUGCGCAAGAGUCGCCAGAAUGUGCUGGAGCUGAUCCUGAAGCGAUUUGUGCUCAUCGGUUUACUCGUUGCUGGGCUUGGAAUAGCCAUCGAUACCUACUGGCAUGGCCAAUUGAUAGUGACACCGUACGAGUUCCUCAAGUACAACGUAUUCAACAACAUCGGCAGCUUCUAUGGCUCACAUCCUUGGCACUGGUACUUCAGCGUGGGAUUGCCCACAGUCCUGGGCAUCAACACCUUGCCCUUCAUCUUCGGUGUGAUGGAAACUGUGAGGAAGUCGGAGAAGUAUCCGGUUAGCAAGCAACUCCUGAUCACCAUCUUUCUGACUCUGGUGGUUCUGAGUGCAGUGGAGCACAAGGAGUUCCGAUUUGUGUCCUCGCUUCUGCCGCUCUGCUUGUACGUCAUCACAGAUGUUCUAUCCCGCUGGAGCGCCAAAGCCUCAAGCACAAUGCUGUGGACCACCGCAUUGGUAAUCCUCGUGGGCAAUGUUCUGCCCGCCUGGUAUUUGAGCACAGUGCACCAGAAGGGCCCCAUUGAACUGAUGCCCAAGUUGAGGGAGAUUGCUCAGGAAUACAGGGAUGAACGCGAGCACCAGGCGAAUAUUCUCUUCCUAAUGCCUUGCCACUCCACACCAUAUUACAGUCACAUCCACCAGAAUGUCACCAUGCGUUUUUUGACCUGCGAACCGAACCUGGAAAAGAAGGAGCAGUAUAAGGACGAGGCCGACCGCUUCUUUGAGGACCCCGUGCACUGGAUCAACUCGCACAUUCCCGUGCAUCCGCUCACCGCUUUGCCCACGCAUGUGGUUAUGUUCGAUCCGCUGGCCGAGAACAUCAGCGUGUUCCUCCGCAACUACCGGCUGCUCCAUCGCAUCGAGCACGCAGAGGUAACCCGGCUGGAGGGCUCGCAGGCUCUGGUGGACCAGUGGUCGGAGGCACUGGGCGCCCAGUCACCUAAUCUUGCUUCUCUAUUGCAGCAUCGCCAACCGCGCACAGGUCGUUCCAUUUUGGUUUACCAGCGCUUAAAGAAGGGCGAGGAGAAUGCAUUUAAUCAACAGCAGAAGGAACCGGAUGUCCACGAUCAUCCGCCGCUAGAGGAUCUCGUCAUGGCCAAUGAGAACGAAAAUCUGUUCAAUUAGAUGAUAGAGCAAAAGAUAAGAACCCCCCACCGCAGCCCUCCGUUCAAAAGAAAGAAGCAAUGACAAAUUUGAUAUUAACUGAUAGAUACAAAGGCAUAUAUUUUGUAUCCAUUUUUGGCCUUAGCAAAAGUUUUUAAAACGUUGUCGCGCGAGGAGAACAGAAAAUCGAAAGUAAUCAGUAGAUAUUCGUAGGCGCAUUUUGUGUACUUCGUGCUAGUUGAUAAUGUAUAAGCCAUCUGAGUAUUUAGACGCAAACAGUCUAACAAGAGGCAAUAUAUUUUACGUAGUCCAAACAACGCUUGAGCUGUCCUUUCUUUAAGUUCUCGAAAUAAAGGUUCAGUGGAGUAGAAUUACA